GGACUUACCCUAGAGACGAGCCGCCGCUAUAAAAUAGUCUGUGUGUCGUGCUUAGAAAGCGAGACUUCCGCCGCCGCCCGCGCCCCGCCGGAUUCGCACCAUGUCCAAGUCGGGCGAAGAAAUGGCGGAAGCCUCCGCCGCGGAACAGGGCGACCCGCAGCAGCUUGUCGCGAUUGGCGUUGGCGACUUGAAGCAAGCUCUAAAGAAAGAUGAUCCAUUUGACCGAUUGACACAUCGUGAUAAGGCAUUCAUUGAGGCUGCUAAAAUCUUCACCGUGGUGUGUGCUGGUGCUAUCAAUAUGUUGAAUGUUUUCGCCACCACCAUGUCCUACAAUCAUACUGUUAAGGAAUUCAAAAGGGUGCAUGCUGUGGUGAAACACGUUUUCAUAUCGUUGACUAUUGCCAUGUUUCCAUAUACAAUAUGUGUAUCUGGACUUGCUCAUGCAGUAGCACACAAGACUAGAUGGAUCAAUGUGCUGGCCCUGUGCAUGUUGAUCGAAUUGUGCUAUGUCGGUACAAUCUGCACCUUGUGUGGUUACUAUCUCACUGAGACGAGUAAGAAGGUCAUAUUCCCUGUCUCUAGCAUUGUAACUGGGAUUCUCCUCUUCAUCUACUUCAUGAUGUUCCGGCGUCCGGGUCCGAGGAACUGUGGCCCAAAGAAGAAGACUGCGAAGAAGGAUGAAAAGUCUCCGGGGGGUGGUGCCUGAAGAGAGUUGUGCCUGAAGAGUGAACAGAGCUGUGCCUGAUGUCUCGAGUGCUGCGUGAAGAGAGUUUGUGUCUGAUGCGAUGUCUCGGCUGCUACAUGUAAGGAUGAACUAACGGCGAGUAAACUUUGUCUCUGCUUUUUCCAUGAAGUGGUGUACCCACGUCUAAGUCGUGAACUACUUGGUAUGUAGUACGUGUCAAUGCUAGGAUUUGAGUAAAUUUCCACGAAGGUUAUGUGGAGCGAGUUAAUGUUGUAAGUACAUUAUGCGACCUGGGCAUACCAAAUGAAGAAUGUUAAAUUUAAAGGUCA